AUGUCAAAAGGAAAUAUUACAACCAAACAAUACAAAACCGAUGAAGAAUUGAAUAAUAAUAAUAGGAUAAUAAAUGAGAUAAUAAAUAGGAUAAAUGUGUUAGAAGAAAAAGGAAAUGAGUUUGGUCAAAAUUCAAUGCAAAUUCCAAUGAAAGAUAUUGAGACAAGUAACCAAAAUAAAGUCAAAAUUUUAGAAGAUCAAAUCAAUCAAUUUCAAAAAACAAUAAAAUACCAACAAACUGAAAAUAUUAAUCAAAAAGAAGAAAUAAAAAUUCUGAAGAAAAAAAUUGAAGAAAUGAAAGAAGAAGAUGAAAAAAAAGAGAAAAUGAUUGAAGAACUUAAAAAGAGAUUGAAAGAAAUAAAUAAUAAUAGCAAAGAUGAAAUGACUGAGAUAAUUAAUAGAAUGAAAAAAGAAAGAGAGGAAAUGAACGUUACACUCCAAAGAAUGAAAAAUGAAAAUGAAGCUCUUAAAUCAGAAGAAGAAAAAUUAUUACAAUCAAGAAAAAGAUUAAUUAGACCAUUUGAAGAAGACAAAGAAAUAAACAAAUUUAUUAAAUCAUCUGAAUUUACACAAAACCAAAGAAAUUCAAAUUAUAUUGAAAUUGAUUCAGAAGAACAAUUAUUUUAA